CCUUACCGACCUACACACACCUACAGCUCACACUCCUGCGCAACCAUUCUUGUCUAUCAAAGCCCGAGCAGAUUUUGCGACGACGACGACGACGACAGCACGAAAUCGAUACCUCCAGACGAUAAAUAUCAACAAAAGGGGGGAAAUAAAAUAACACAACAAUGGCUCUCGAUCCGCGCGCGUUGGAGGAGAAGUUGGACACGGGCAUAAGAGAGGGCACCGCUGAUACGGAUUACACAAAACAGGCAAAGAAAACCCUCGCGGGCGCCUCGGGCGGCUUCAGCUUCUUCAGCGGGAGCAAGGAGGACAAGCUCCAGAAUGCGGCGGAGCUGUUUGUCCAGGCGGGAAAUGCUUACAAGAUGGAGGGGAAGAACAAGGAAGCAGGCACCGCAUUUGAGCAAGCGGCCAAGAUUCACAGAGACAGGCUGAACGAACCCGACGACGCGGCCAACAUUAUGGUGGACGCCUUCAAGGUCUAUAGAAAAGACAACCCCGAGGACGCGGUCCGGUGCUUGGGCGUGGCGAUUGAUCGGUACACGCAGAAAGGAAACUUUAGACGGGCGGCGAGUCACAAGGAGAACGAAGGGGCAGUUCUGGAGGAGGAGUUGGGGGAUCGGAGGAGGGCAAUGGAGAGUUAUGAGAAGGCUGCACAGUGGUAUGAGGGGGAUGGGGCCAAUGCGCUGGCCAACAAGCUCUGGCUCAAGGUGGCGGAUAUUGCUGCUUUGGAAGGGGAUUAUCACAGGGCGAUUCAGAACUUUGAAAAGGUGGCUGAUUCGUCGCUUGAUAACCACUUGAUGAAGUACUCGGUCAAGGAGUACUUCUUCAAGGCGGGGAUUUGCAUUUUGGCGACCAAGGACUUGGUUAGUGCGCGCCGCAAUAUCGAGAGGUACAGGGAAAAGGACCCGUCGUUUGGUUCGCAGCGUGAGUUUAAGCUCCUGUCGGCCCUGAUUGAGGCUGUUGAGGCGGGCAACCAGGAGGUGUUUACGGAUGAGCUCUAUGCGUACGAUCAGAUGAGCCGGUUGGACAAGUGGAAGACAGAGUUGUUGGUCAAGAUCAAGAACCAGAUUGAGGAGGCAGAUAACGAGUUCUCGUAG